GUUUGUAAACUAAUCAUACUAAGGUCACUGUUGUUAUACAUACAUGGAUAACUUCCUGGUAGAGAGAACGAUACAGUUUAAAAGCACAUAGUCGUGGGAGGUCCGUGUUUUCAUCAUGUUCCUCUUUACCCUGUUGAUAUCUACAAUAUUGCAGGUAGCUGUCAGAGGGACGAGUAUCAGAUAUGUCCCUAGUUACUCCCCCGUCACAUUGACAUGUCCGGCUGAUGACCAAGCCACCGAUCUGACCUGGAGAGGACCCGGAUAUAUUCAGUAUUUCAUUGGUACCACGGUGGCGGCUGGUCUGAGUGGUAUAAUAAAAUCCCGGGUGUCUGCCCGUCACACCGGAGGGAAUUAUACACUGACGCUUAAAGGAUUCAGGUACAGUGACGAGGGACUAUAUAAAUGUACAGUGGAUGGGACAGAGUACCUACAGAUGAUCAUUAAACGAGGGAGAAUACAAACAACUGUGUAUGUCCAAAUUAGCAACUCCGUCACACUGACCUGUCCUGCUGAUGACCAGGUCUCUCACCUUAACUGGUCAAAAGACAGCGCUAUGUCGUAUGUGUGGAAUACCACGGUGAGGACUGGUUUGAGUGAUAGCAUUAAAUCCCGGAUAUCUGCCAGACACACGGGAGGGAGAUACACACUGACGCUUACAGAGUUCCGGUCCAGUGACGUGGGGUAUUAUCAGUGUGAAGUGGACGAUAUAUUUUAUACUCAUUACGUCUAUUUACUAGGUAUUUUUCAAACAUGGACUUUGUUUUUUGUUGAGUUUAAGUUAAACAAUCCAUUUCCGAAGAUACUCACGAAAGUGUUAUACUCGGGCCUUCUAUAACAUGUUAUUUUUUUUUUACAUUUCUUGCGGUUCUGGCGUUUCGCAUUCUCGAUACUGCAGGGUUUACGCUCAGUGUCGUUCUGUAAACCCUUGGAAUAAACAUGAAAAAUCCGAAUCUUCGAUGCGUGCCACUUUGUUGAUGAAACAGAAUGACCAGUUUGAUCGUUGAUGUACAUCAAAAGACUUGCUCGGUCGCGUGACGGUAAAAUUGCUUUGCUUCAAAGUCGGAUGUCGCUCGUCAGUAAUAUUCAAAGAACAAGUAUCAUGAGACCAUUGAAAACUCAAGCAACGUGUCCUCAAUUUAAUAUGACAUAUUCAAGGAAUGAAGAGAAAGAAAUAGUUCCUUUGUAAAGUUUUGUAUAAUAGUAAGUUGAUGGCAUACGUGUUUCCAGUUUGAGAUACAAAGCAACUAGAACGAAAACCUAUAUACUGCACAAACAUAACAACACAAAUUAACAAAGCGCAUGUGACAAUUAGCUCAAAACUUAGUGUAAAGGAACAUGGAUGUAGUUACUAAAUGUUUGCAACUUCGGGAAACGUAGUAAUUUUAAAAAUGCAGCGUUGCAUAUUAUAAUUUGUGGCAUCUGUAUGUAUAACUAUUAUGAUAUAUGUCAAAAAUUGUAAUGAAUAUCUUGAAUCACUUUCAAAUCACAUUGGUCAAAUGUAAGCCUAGAAACGGCCAAAGGUCAUGGUGUUUGCACAGAUGAAGGGCUAUUUAGGUUGUUAUUAGUUGAUAUCGACUCGCCUUCAGAGCCUGAUUAUUGAUUUUAAAUAAAAAAUUAAAAAACGAAGUAAACUAAGAUAGAAAAUAGCAAAACGUUUACUUUUCUAGAACAACAAAUGGAAAUAAUUCAAAACAAAAUCUGGUGAGGUCUUAGACAAAAAAUUUAACAGGCUUUCUUUACCCUGAUAAAUGGUUGUGUGCCACGUUUGUCGUCUGUCCGCCUUUUUUAUAUCAACCUUUACCGUUAAACCUAACACCUCCUUAUCGACUGAUCGUCAUCAGACAAUUUGUUAUAAGGUACCGUUCGAACAAAGGAGAACAACUGCUUUCCAAUAGUGUGUUCCCGCAGAAUGAAGACUGUCACCCCUAGCGAAGCGGGUAAAGCAAUCAGGCCCAAAAUAGGGCAGAAUUAAGCAAAUUCAUUUUUAAACACUCCUGCUGAAACAAGGCAUCAAUUGUUACCGUAUUUAAAACAAACUUGAGGCAAUGCAAACUUCUUUCGUAUCAAUGCAUUUGAUGUAGCAUGCAGGAGCCAGAUGGACGGGCAAACUUUUAAACAACAUAAGCGACAAAAUUGUUAACUGCUUACUACAUCUGAACGACAGCACAAAUCGCUACUAUAUUGGGUCUGAAGCAGCACUGGUAAAAGGCAAUUUUGCGUUAAUUAUUUAAAGUUUGUAUGUCAAAAGCGAUCCUUUUUUUCAAACCCCCAGGUUCCACUUCCGGUGCUUCCCCAUGCGUGAAAGCCUCCUUGGAAAUUGAGGCCGCAUACUGUAUAUGUUGGUAAACCCUAUUUAUUGCAGUUUACUUGUGAAAUAUCACGAAUUCUCUAUUUAAUAAAAACAUAUCUUUAAUGCAGUGAAGAUAAACGAAACAUUAUAUCUUCACAAGUAAAAACUUAUAAGUAUUGUCCAAUCUGAACGGUACAUGAUAUUUUCUGCGUAGAUUUACAGUUUCAAGUUUAGAUGAAUUGACGGCAGAAUAAGUGGUUGUGCUGUCUACCUUUGCAGCAUACAAUAUUUUUGUUUUUACAUAACUACACAAUUAAUAUCAUUUUUGUCUGAAAAUCUUACCAGAUAAUACUAGCAAACGGCAAAAUUGCAGUAAAAACCCAUCCAAAAU